CACAUAAACAAGUUAAUUUCAACAGGAUAAAGUGGGCGGUACACAUAGCAUACCCCUUAACGUGCGUUACCUAAGGUCACUCUAUAGAGUGUACUGUACAGUACAAGUGACACGUACUCAGCGGUACCGCAUGGCUUGUUGUCUAUUGCUUUCUUUCAUGAUAUCCAUUCCUGUUGCAAACGCUGCUGCAACUGUUUCGGACAGCAUACCAGACCUCAUCGACUCAUUGCAGUUCCGCAACUUCGACGUCGUGCGACGCGACCAGAACUUCACGAUCUCGACCAUUUCGUCGAUCUACAACGAAGGCUACACGUACAUGGGUCAAGGCAGUUCGUCGUUUCACAUCAACGGUCUGCCCUACUUGUUUGAAGUGAAAACGUCCGACGUCAAACCGAAUGCGAGCACAAUCGAGGUCAACACCGACUUUCCUGGCAACGAUUACUUGCACGUUCCGACAUUGUCGAGCAUGGAAAACUACAGACAGUGCGAAGCUCGCUGCGACGGAGACGAAAAGUGUUUGGCUUGGGUGUUCGACCCGAAGAGCGGAUGCUAUCUCAAGUCUGCGGUACCGCCGAGAACAGUAUGCUUCACUAAAUGUCAGCUUAUCGAGCGUUACGUUAAAACAACACACGCCAAGACUCACCAUCCAUACACUCUGGAUGUCCUCGGCGUUUUCUUUAUCGACAAGAAGUCGACAUUCACCGACAUCUGCAACAGGCAGCUCUUAUGGCAUGGCUCUAGGCUGACCGAUUGGGUUGGCAUUCUGAGUGAAGGUCUCAAGAUUGCACCCCCAGAAGCACCAGUCACAGGCUACAUGUUUGGAAAAGGUGUCUAUUUUGCUGAUAUCUGUUCAAAGAGUGCGAACUAUUGUUUUGCUACUCGCUCGAAAAACGUUGGUCUUCUUCUACUUUGUGAUGUAUCGUUGGGGACAAGGAAUGAUUUGUUAGCUGCAGAUUAUGAUGCAGAUCAGCUGCUGCGUGGAAAGCAGAGUGUAAUGGGGAAAGGAAGGAUUGCACCUGAUCCAGGGAAUAUACACACAAUGUCUGAUGGUUGUGUCGUUCCUCUCGGUCCAACUUGUGAUACCAAAGUACAUAACCCACACGGCUACACACUCGACUGCAACGAGUACGUGAUAUAUGAUGUGAAGCAGAUCAAGAUGCGUUAUCUGGUGAAACUGAGAUUCAAUUUCAAACAGCUAUCAGCAGUUCCAUACAAAACAACUAAACUUUUGUCUUUACUGUAUCUUCUAUAUACACUAUUUGUACAAUGA